AUCUUCAACUAGGAGUUGCAAUGUCUGGCUUAUCUUUUCUUGCAGGGAUAUGUUUGUCUGUAAUUUCUGUAACCAUUGCCGAAAUCUCCUGCCGAAAUGAAGCAGGCGACCCAGUUGAUUGGUUUGUGCUUUAUAAAUUACCUAUGUUUCAAAUCAAUAAAAGUGCUGGAUCAGGCCUGGACUAUCUCUAUUUGGAUUCCAAAAUGCAGGGCUGGCAACUCAGCAAAUUACAAAUCAAUAUGACCGAGAGUGCUGUAGGACAAGUAUUGCAGCAACUGUACCAAACCUAUAAUAAGAAUGACACAGCCUACAUGAUGUACAAUGAUGCCCAUCCACAAGACGGCAACUACACUACCAAACAAGGACACACUAAGGGAUUUCUGUUGCUGGAUAAAACUCAGGGCUUCUGGCUGAUUCAUAGUGUCCCCCAUUUUCCUCCAUUUCCUGAAAAUGGCUAUGGAUAUCCAUCUACAGGGAGACUAUAUGGACAAACAGCCAUUUGUGUGACAUACAAAUAUGAUCAGUUUAAAGAGAUAGGCUCUCAGCUUCUGUAUUACAACCCACCUGUCUACAACUGUUCUAUUCCUGACAUGUACAAGAAGGAACUAUGGAGCUUGAACACUAUAUGCACGGGCAGCCGUUUCCCUUGGAUAGAACAAAAACGUCUCAUUCCUUUAGAGUCAGCACAAGGAGAACAGUUCCUCAAUUUUGCCAAAUCUAAGUAUUAUAUUGAUGAUAUCUACACAGCAUGGAUAGCUCAGCAAUUAAAAACCAAUUUGUUGGCGGAGUCAUGGAAACCUAAAAACACAUAUCUUCCAUCAAAUUGUUCCCUUCAAUACCACGUUUACAAUAUUAAACAGAUCGAUUUACCAAUGAGGUCUUCAUUUUGUUCCCAUUAUGACCACUCCAAAUGGUGCGUUUCCCAAACAUAUAAAGAUCAAUGGACAUGCAUUGGAGAUUUAAACCGAUAUCCUUAUCAGAUCUUUAGAAGUGGUGGUUUUAUCUGUACCCAAAAUAAAAUCAUCUACAAUGCGUUUAGGAAAAUGGUAGCAGACUGUUAUAACUGCACUAGCAGCUAAUUGUUAUAAAAUUUUACAUUAAAGGAAUAUGGGUAUUACUCAC